AGCUGCCUGCUGCCUGCUACUUUGAGUUUCACUUUCUUUUCUUUCAACCACAGAGCUCUCAGUAGAACCUUCGUUCUCCACACUGUGGCUGCUGGAGGCAUCAAACAGAGCUGCUAACCAGACAUUGAAGCUCCAUCCAACUCUUAAAAGCAGAUACAGAACAAUGGCAGUCACAACCAGAUUGACAUGGAAUGAGGAGAAAAGACUGCAAAAGCUUCUUGGGAACGUGUCCUUGAGACUUCUUUAUAAGUCUAGUGUUCACCAAAGUGACAUUUUUUAUAUGCUUGAGAGGUGCAUUCAUCAGGGACCUACUGUUACAAUAAUUUACUUUUCUGAAGUUUUAUGGGUGGUCUUUAUGCUUGAGCAUUAUCCUGAAAAGUCUGAUAAGUUAACAAGGCCAAAUCCUUCCCUCAAGUUUUCAUUUCGAAAGGAUAGAGAAAGUGAAAUAACUGGAAUUUUAGAAACAGAAAUGAAAAUUGUUUCUAAACAACUGGAAUUUUAUUUCUUUGGCAAAAAGGAGUUCUCUGUAGAUCUAGGCAAAGCCAUACUUUCUACAUACACUUCAAAAGACAAUGAUUCAGGACAAAACUUCUGCCACAACACCAGGUUUUUGGAAUGUGAAGUUUUUCGAGUUGAAGGGAUUAAGGAUGAUACAAACUACAUAAGCAAGAUAACAAGAGCCAUGAAGUACAGAAAUCCACUUGUAGCCGAACUCAGAGCCUACAAGCCCUGUGUACACAUUAUUUCAGAAAUUCGUAUUCUCUUGCUGGGUCCAACUGGGUCUGGAAAGUCUAGUUUUAUCAAUUCAGUGAAGUCUAUUUUCCGAGGCCAGAGGACUCGCCAUGCCCCAGUGGGUGCUGAUAUCACCAGCAUUACUGAGCAGUAUAGGAUAUAUCCUAUUAAAUAUGGGAAAUAUGGCACAUGUCUGCAAUUUAGCUUGUGUGACUCCAUGGGGAUACAUGAGAAAGAAGGAGUAGGAUUGUGCAUGGAAGACAUACCCUACAUCUUAAAAGGCUGCGUGCCAGACAGAUACCAGUUGAACCCCAAUAGACCAAUUACACCCAAUCAUCCUACCUUCAUCUCCUCUCCAUCGCUGAAGGACAGGAUUCACUGUGUGGCUUAUGUCUUAGAUAUCAACUCUAUCCAAGAUCUCUCCUCUAAGAUGGUGGCAAAGUUAAAACAAAUUCAAAAAGAAGUCUUGAAAUGUGGUACAGCAUGUGUACUCUUGCUUACUAACAUGGAUAAUUGCAGUACCCUUCCUCAAGACAACUUUUUAAACAUGGCUAAAGCUAUGACUUCUCAAAGCCAGAUAAUGGAUGUCAGCAAAAUGCUAAGUGUUCCUAUUUAUAAUACCUUCAUGGUUGAAAAUUAUACAUCAGAAUGGGAGCUGGACCCUUUAAAGGACACUCAGAUCCUCUUUGUGCUAAGGCAGAUGUUACGGAUAGUAGAUGACUUCUUAGAGGAUAUGCCUCUUGAGGAAAUAGAGUCCCUGACAGCUUCUAACUGAUGGUGUCUUCUGGGAUCAGUCAUAUCUCAAGUUCAAAGGCCAACCCUGAGCAGAAGUGGGUUAAGACAUGCCCUACUGCAAAACCACCGUUUAGGAUUUUAAUUUCUGAGACACUCUUCUCAACCUCCCCAGCAAAAUGGACUAGCCCCUUACUUAUUUGCCUACAGCACUUUAUUUAAAACGUGUGUGAGUAUGAACACAUGGAGUAACAAUUUAAAAAUGGAUAGUUACUUCCCUAAAUGGAUGGUGAGUUCUUUAAGAAGUAGGGUUUGGCUUUUACAUAGCUUUGUAUUCAUAGAAUUUAGCACAGUGCCUGAUAGCAUGUAAGCAUGCUUGCCAUUAUGCAUUCCUCCCAACCUCCCCUGGGUGAUAACAGGUACUUAAAAUUUUUCUCCUUACAGAAAUGAAGACUGUAAGAGAAAGAAAUGAAGGAGAGAAAAAUGUACAUAGAGGAAUGAGAAUGUUUCACUUAUUUCCAGAUGAAGAUAUGAACUUAAGCUAAUUAAAAAGAGCAAAUAUUUCUUAAGAACUUACAUGUAUUACAUGUUAUUUCUGUAAAAAAAAACAACAACAACAAGAGUUUCUUCCUUUAAUGAACCUAUACCUGACUUGCAUGAAUUGAAUUCUAAACCAUCCUCAUCAUGAGUCCAGUGAUCAAAUGAGGUUACUAGUGUAAGUCAAUGAGAAGGUCGCCCUAUACAAGUGCCCAUAAGUGAUUGUAAGUUCCUCUGGGCAGCUGUAGAAGUUACGACUGUUUAGUAAAGAAAAAAAAAAAAAAACAAUUUCAGAAGAUAGGUUUUAGAUUCCCCCCCCCCCCCCGCAAAACCCUAACUCUCUUGUCCAAAUCUCUUUGUAUUUUUCAAAUGAAUAGACUUUGGUUCAAUAGUUAUUGAUAUUAAAGCUAUCUAAUGUACUUUUAGUCAGAAUUAUUGUCUUCUUUGGGAAGUCCUGUGUAUUAUGAGGGCAAAAAUUCCUUGGGGAGAGUUAUGGAGAAAGAACUAUUUCCUAAAGCAAAGCUAGAGGUAAGGCUGUGCUCCAAUGAAUGCUCAGGAUUCAUGAUUUAGCGGAAGUGAUGGGGAGGGUCUUUAAAAGAAAGGAAUAGAAUGGUCAGAUAUUGAAGGGGAGAGCCAGAAGUGGAUAUUGGAAACAGAAGCAGAGUUCCAGCCAGGAUGAUUGGGAAGUGGAUGUAGGGAGGAACAGGUCCAAAGAGUAAGAUGUGUUUUCUCCACAUAAUUGACGACAAAAACAAGCCUUGACUCUCGUUGGUUAGAAGACUGAAGGUGAUUAAAGACUUCUUCCUGGACAUCUUCACCUAUCAGGCCAUAGCUCAUCAAUCUCCAGGGGGACUCCGCAAAAAUCUGAGCAGAGGAAAGUUUUGCUAGAUGUGAAAUUAAAUUCAAAGUGGAACUUCUUUACUCUGAAGGGGUAGCCUGGAAUACCCUCAUGAAGGAGAUGGAGACCUUGAAAGAAAGAGGAAUAACGGAGAGAUCAAGAGAGAGGAACAAUGAGGGGUUGUCCAGGUGGAUCAACAUCAUUUGAGAGUGUAAAAUUGAGGCUAAGUUCCCCCCUUUCUUUGUGUGUUAAAAAGGACAGUGUUAGGUAAAGGAUGUCACAGUUUCUAAUCCUUCACUACUGUACUACUUUGGGGAUACUUAAACAUUUAAUGGGAUUAAAUGUAUAUUUGGGACUUAGGCUGGAAAAGGUUGGUGAGGGGAGCCUCAAAAAGGGAGACUCCUCUUUUAUCUGGGAAAGGACCUUUCCUGACUUUGAGGAUUCCGCUGAUUUUUCUUUACCAUCCUAACAGGAGGACUUACCACUUUGCCACACGUUAGAGGCCACCCAGGAUUUGGAAAAUUUACAUAAUUUACAUAACUUACAUAAUACCUGUACAUACAGGUACAGUCCAGCCAAAGUCACUAAAAUAUGUGUUAACAAAACAGUGUGAAGGGACAUUGUGGAUAAAGCACAAACAUAGUGGGAAGUAGAACAUCACCUGAAGGGAAAGGGAUGGUGGAGACAAUUUAAGCAUCAGUGCAAGAGACUUUGUGUGGUAGGUGGCUGGGUGGGUUGGCUUGUGGCAUUAAAAAAUGACUUUCUGAACCUAAGUGUGUCUGUUGACAGAGGAAUGGAUAAAGAAUACUAAACACACACACACACACACACACACACACACUGGAAUAUUCUUCAGCCAUGAAAAGAAGGAAAUUCUGCUAUUUGAGACAACAUGGAAGGACCUUACGGGCAUUAUGCUAAGGACAAUAAGUCAGAGAAAGACAAAUACUGCAUGAUCUCACUUAUCAUGUGAAAUCUUAGAAAGCCAAACUCGUAGAAACAGAGUAGAAUGAUGGUUGCCUGGGGCUGAGGGGUGAGGGGAAUGGGGUCAUGUCAUUCGAAGGGUACAAAUAUCCAGUUAUAAGCUGAGAAUGUUCUGGGAAUUUGAUGUACAACAUUGUGACUGUAAUCAACAAUGAGAUAUUAUAUACCUGAAAGUUGCUAGGAGAGUAGGUCUUACAUGUUCUCACCACAUGUACAAAAAAGGUAAUUAUUUGAGGUAAUGGAUGUGUUAACUAGCCUUAUUGUGCUAACCAUUUUGCAAUAUAUACAUGCAUCAAAUCAUCUCAUCGAAUAUCUUAAACUUACACAAUUUUAAUAUGUCAAUUAUAUCUUUUUGUUUGUUUGUUUUCCUGGGGAUUUUUAUUUAUUUAUUUGGUAAUAAAAUCCACUAGUUCUUGAGUAACA